CUUGCCUACUUAAAGCCUGAGCGGGCGGCAGGCGUGUGCCCCCGGAACUUACCUCACCUUAGGAACUUGGAAAUAAGCACGUAAGGUACCUCAAGAAGGAAGGCAGGCACUGGCUGUGCUCCUGUCCAGGCCAGGCCCAGUCCAGUCGAGGCAAGGGCAGCCCGUAGACUCUCAUCACCGCGGAGUGCCAACAAGGGAAGGAACGCCUCCCCAAAUUUUUGCGGGAGGGAAGGUAUGGUUGGGGUGCGUGGGUGCCAUGGCCAGCAGCGCCCAGUGCUGACGGAGCCAGGUUGGCAGGGGUGUGUGGCCUUUCUGGUGGAUUCCGACACAAUCUCAAACCGAAUUUUUUUUUUCUCCCCUACUUCUUGCCUCCUCCUCCGAUCUUCAAAAUCCCUUUUCCCUCCCACAACCUCCCCCCCUCCUCCCACACAAAACUCUUCCCACCUUACAAAAACAAAAGGGAUUAUAUUCCUUCAACCCCCCAUCCCCCUCACCGACACAUCACAUUUCAUCACCUGUUCUCUUGUCUUUCCUUUGACGCAUCUUGGGAAAAGCAAGUCUUCAGAACUAAUCGUCGUGCGCCUGAGCACUACGCGCCUGCCUAAUAGACGAACACCGAGAAGGACAAACUUAGGAAAGUCAACGACCCGACUUUCUGUUUCUUCUUCCUCUUUUUUCCAUCCUUCGGUUUGCUUUUUUAUCAACCGCGGACCGGCUUCCUUUCACUUCGACUUUUUACUCUUUCGCUGUUUCUUCAGUCGCUUCGAGAGUAAUCCGACCACGUCGAUCGAUUCCAGAUACCCUUCCGUCGACACUCGAGCAAACAAAGUCUUCCAACUACAGUCACGAUCAAAUCAUCCAUCAUGGCUGACCAACUCAACAUGUCUGGCCUGAACAUUCAGGACCAGCAGAACCAACCCCGCUCGUACAUCCCGCCUCACAUGCGUAAGAUGGGUGGUGCGGCUCCUCCGGCGAUGAACGGUGGCGGUGGUGGUAUCAACAACAGCGCUUGGGCUGCUGGCAACCAGCAGAACUUCAACGCUGCUCAGCCCGGCGGCGACUGGCCUGCCAUGGGCGGCCCUGGCGGUCCCGGCGGUCCCCCUGCUGCUGCCCCUGCUCCUCAGCAAAACUUUCACCCCCGCGGUGGUCGUGGUGGCUGGCAAGGCGAGGGCGGUGGCCGCGGCGGUUACAGCGGUGGCGGCUACGGUGGUCACGCCGGCGGCGGCGGCGGCCAGGCUCGCGGUUCUGGCGAUGGUCAGUGGCGCGACGGCAAGCACAUUCCCGGCCCCGUCAACCCCCGUGUUGAGCGUGAGCUCUUCGGUACCCCCGACGACCCGUCCAAGCAGCACACCGGUAUCAACUUCGAGAAGUACGACGACAUCCCCGUCGAGGCCUCUGGACAUGACGUUCCCGAGCCCGUCCUGACCUUCUCGAACCCUCCCCUCGACAACCACCUCAUCAGCAACAUCGAGAUGGCCCGCUACAAGGUCCCCACCCCCGUUCAGAAGUACUCGAUCCCCAUCGUCAUGGGUGGUCGCGAUCUCAUGGCUUGUGCCCAGACUGGUUCCGGAAAGACUGGUGGUUUCCUCUUCCCCAUUCUGUCCCAGGCAUUCAUCAACGGUCCUUCUGCCGUUCCUCCCAACGCUGCGGGUGGCUUCGGUCGCCAGCGCAAGGCUUACCCCACCUCCCUGAUUCUGGCUCCCACCCGUGAGCUGGUCUCCCAGAUCUACGAAGAGUCUCGCAAGUUUGCGUACCGUUCCUGGGUCCGCCCCUGCGUCGUCUACGGUGGUGCCGACAUUGGUUCCCAGCUUCGCCAGAUCGAGCGCGGCUGCGACUUGCUCGUUGCUACUCCGGGACGUCUUGUCGAUCUCAUAGAGCGUGGUCGCAUCUCCCUGCAGAACAUUAAGUACCUCGUGCUCGACGAGGCUGACCGCAUGCUUGACAUGGGUUUCGAGCCCCAGAUUCGCCGCAUUGUCGAGGGCGAGGACAUGCCCAACGUCCAGAACCGCCAGACUCUCAUGUUCUCGGCCACUUUCCCCCGCGACAUCCAGAUGCUCGCCCGCGACUUCUUGAAGGACUACGUCUUCUUGUCCGUCGGUCGUGUCGGUUCCACCUCUGAGAACAUUACUCAGAAGGUCGAGUACGUCGAGGAUGUUGACAAGCGCUCUGUGCUCUUGGACAUUCUCCACACCCACGGUGCUGGUCUCACUCUCAUCUUCGUCGAGACCAAGCGUAUGGCCGACUCUCUUUCAGACUUCCUGAUCAACCAGAGCUUCCCCGCCACCUCCAUUCACGGUGACCGCACCCAGCGUGAGCGUGAGCGCGCUCUCGAGUUCUUCCGCAACGGUCGUUGCCCCAUUCUGGUCGCUACUGCUGUCGCUGCUCGUGGUCUCGAUAUCCCCAACGUCACCCACGUUGUCAACUACGACUUGCCCACCGACAUUGACGACUACGUUCACCGUAUCGGUCGUACUGGUCGUGCCGGAAACACUGGUCACUCCACUGCCUUCUUCAACCGUGGCAACCGUGGUGUCGUCCGCGAGCUUCUCGAGCUUCUUAAGGAGGCUAACCAGGAGGUUCCCAGCUUCCUCGAGACCAUUGCUCGUGAGUCUUCCUACGGUGGUGGCCGUGGCGGUCGUCCUCGCGGCGGUGGCCGUGGACAGGGUGCCAACCGCGAUUUCCGCAAGUACGGCGGUGGCGGUGCCGGCGGCGGCGGCUUCGGCGGUGCUCCUGGCGGUGGCUUCAGCGGCGGUGGUGGUGGUGCCUACGGAGGUGGUGGCGGCGGCUUCGGCGGCCCCCCUGGUGGCGGCUACGGCGGCGGUGCUGGCGGUGGCGGCGGUUACGGUGGUGGUGGUGGUGGCUACGGCGGUGGUGGCUACGGCAACCCCGGUGGCCCUGGCGGAAACUCGUCUUGGUGGUAAACAUCUUCCCAUCACGACAUCUGGCGACUGCGAAACAGACGGGAGUCUAGCGGUACGCAGCCAGGCAGCUUUUGCAACUAGCUGCGAGUUUUCGAGUUUCUUUUUUCCUUUGGGUUUGCGCGCAUGGGUCAACAUGGUACGCAUUCAUCGUCACGCUUUUUUCUGCAUUUCGACUUCUUUUUUUCGACACGGCGACAUGACCCCGAGAGCCAACGGUUGUGCCUCUCAAACUCCAACGAGAAGCAUCAUCGGGUGUUCGGACAGGCAUCGGCAUCGAUAGAGAGCAUUUCUUUGAUUUUGCUGGACCGAAACUCCAUGAUACCCUUAGAUCGACAUUGGGAAAAGCUUUGAGAAUCGGCAGAGCUGCAUGACAACACAUGCGAUGUGCUGCAGCGUGGCCGGAUCUACGGAUACACGACACGGAUCCUGGAUCUGCCUACGCAUUACGACGAUCAUGUUUCUGCUUUUCUACCAGCGUUUUCCCCCGAAGGGCAUAUUCGACGCUUUUCGAUGAUAGAAGGGUCAUGCAUCUCGCCGUGCAUACAAUAGACAAAAGUGGAUUUUCUCGGUCGUCUGGUCAUCAUCGACGCUGCAGGUCUGCCCCCGGGGCAAACAGGGCAGGGCAGCGAUAUUGAGGACAAGGCGGCGGAAAUAGACUGGACUGGUAAUGGAAGGUUCGGAUGGACGGUCGACAGAACGGAUAAUCACAAGACGUUUUGAGAGCGGGAACCAGUGGCCCUCCCAGGCACAGAUUAGGGAUUCACAGGGAGGGGAUACAAAAGUUCUUGCUCUUAAUCGAUAAUGGCCACAACAUGGACAUGGUCUUCAAGCUCCUGCAAUGGAAAAGGAAUUGCGGGGGGCUGGAGGCAUCAGAGACUUCGGUCUUGGGUUUGGGGCGAGGCGGCCGUGCAAGGCCAUCCCCUGGUAGACAGCCAGUCUGGACUGAGAAGUCCCAAUAAAAACAGAUUCUGAU